AAGGAAUUUCGCAGCUCUCUCCUGCUGCCCCAGUCGCCUAUAAAUACCGGAUAUCCCUUUAACCGACUUCCAAUUCGUCGCUGCAGCCGUCUAGGGUUUCGUCUUCGCCUCUCUCUCUGCUUCAAUCUGCCAUCAUGCCUCGCCGAAGUUCUGGAGGACGAUCAGCCUCUCGUCCUCGUCCUGCUCCAAUGAGGAACCCACCUCAACCAGCACAUCAUGCUCCACCUCCAGCUCCUGUUCAGGGAGGAGGUGGAUCUGUCCUUGGGGGAAUUGGGUCCACUAUUGCUCAAGGCAUGGCUUUCGGUGUGGGCAGCGGUGUUGCUCACAGGGCUGUUGAUUCUGUUUUGGGUCCCCGUACUAUUCAACAUGAAACUGUGGCCACCGAAGGCCCCGCCGCCGCCGCCGCUGCCCCAAUGAGUAAUGCUGUUGGAACUGAUGCAUGCAACAUUCAUUCAAAGGCCUUCCAAGAUUGCAUCAACAACUAUGGUAGCGACAUUAGCAAGUGCCAGUUUUAUUUGGACAUGCUGAACGAGUGCCGCAGAAGUUCUGGUGCUACACUCAGUGCCUAAUUUAAGUUCGGAGUUCUUUGGGUCUUCUGAUCUCCUUUGGAAUAUUGAAUAAUAAUUUGGUUGCAUUGGGGCACUGUGGAACAACUUUAAUUAAUCCUUCAAAGGACCGAAGGACUAUGUCACAGUAAAUUGUUAUUGACUUUAAUUAAUCCUUCAAAGGACCGAAGUCCCAUUGUCUUUGAUUUUAAUGUUUUCUGAACCUUCAAAACUCAUCAGCUUUGGUUGCCUGUUAGUAUA